AGCAUGUUGCUCCCCUCUUGCUAAGCCACUGUGGAGCCGUGGAAUGAGAUUUAUGCUACUUUAAAGUGGAUCAGUGUUUUGUAAUGAACGUUUUUUUCACCUCCUCCCCCCCUUCGCUAUCUGUGCUGCCUAUUAUUAGCCGCCGAGGCCCGAGUGUAGAGUGCGUGGAGGUGGAUGCAACCACAUGACGGUCACUGCUGCGGCUCUGCAUGGCACCGACAGGCGUGACUGAGGAGCACCGGAAUUAUUAUCCACUUGAAUUAGGCGUCCCCUUUUCCGUCCUAACCCGCCCUCCCCCCCACAAAAUUUUAGAGUCCUCGUCCGCUUUGCCUUGAAGAUGAGGUUAAAUACGCGUUGUAGCCAGCAGGUGCAAAGCCGCAUCCGAUGGAGUCGUGCUUUGUGUCUCGUCCCUCCGCCAACCCCAUGCGCCACUUCCUUGCAUUACGAUAAACACAGCCAAGAGUCAGUGACGGGGUGUUACAUAACGCGUAAUGCAGCACAGCCUCAUGACUAGACAGCCUCGCUGGUGGAGGGACUGUGCGGUCCUUCUGGUCGCAUUUGACAGAUUCUGAUAUGGACUAUGAGAGGCCAAACGUUGAAACCAUCAAGUGCGUGGUGGUGGGAGACAAUGCCGUUGGAAAGACCCGCCUUAUCUGUGCCAGGGCCUGCAACGCCACACUGACACAGUACCAGUUGCUGGCGACACAUGUGCCCACAGUCUGGGCUAUAGACCAGUACAGAGUAUGCCAGGAGGUUUUGGAACGCUCCAGAGACGUGGUGGACGAUGUCAGUGUUUCCCUUCGUCUCUGGGAUACCUUUGGAGACCACCACAAGGACAGACGUUUUGCAUACGGCAGAUCGGAUGUGGUGGUUCUGUGCUUUUCAAUUGCCAACCCAAACUCUCUCUACCAUGUGAAGACUAUGUGGUACCCUGAGAUUAAACACUUCUGCCCCCGUGCGCCUGUCAUCCUGGUGGGAUGUCAGCUGGACCUACGCUACGCAGACCUGGAGGCUGUGAACAGGGCACGGAGGCCUUUAGCCAGACCCAUUAAAUCCAAUGAGAUACUUCCCCCAGAGAGAGGCAGGGAGGUGGCCAAAGAGUUGGGAGUGCCGUAUUACGAAACCAGUGUUGUUGCUCAAUUCGGAGUUAAGGACGUCUUUGACAACGCUAUCCGAGCUGCGCUUAUCUCGCGCCGCCACCUGCAAUUUUGGAAAUCUCACCUCAGAAAUGUACAGCGACCUCUACUUCAGGCACCCUUCCUGCCACCAAAACCCCCGCCGCCCAUAAUCACUGUGCCGCCUCCCUCAACGACGACAGAGGAGCACCCAGUUGGUCUGCUGGAAGACCCCCACUGUGCUGAUGUCAUCCUCGUGCUGCAGGAACGACAAAAGAUCUUUGCACACAAGAUAUACUUAUCAACAGCCUCUUCAAAGUUCUAUGACCUCUUUAUUAUGGACACACAAAAUGAGGAGACUGAAAGACCUCCACGUGGUCCUCUUUCUGGCCGAGAGCUGCUGAUGCGUGCUGCGAGCUUUGAUGUGUGUGAGAGCAGUGACGAAGGAGACAGGGCCAACCUGAGAGCCUGCACCAGUGACGGAACUUUGAAGGACUCACAAGGAGGAAGGCGUGGACGCUUGCUUUCCUCGUGGAGUCGAGCUUUUGUCAGCAUCCAGGAGGAGCUUGUGGAUGAUCCCAUCACUUACUGUCCCAGACCCAUGACUGUAGUGCACAUGGACCAGUCCAUGCAGCUGGGACCUUUCCGAGCAGUUCUUCGCUACCUGUACACAGGACAGCUGGAUGAGAAUGAGAAGGAGCUAAUGCACAUUGCCCACAUUGCUGAGCUGUUGGAGGUCUUUGACCUACGUAUGAUGGUGGCUAACAUACUCAACAAUGAAGCCUUCAUGAACCAAGAAAUCACCAAAGCCUUCCAUGUACGCCGUACAAACAGAGUCAAGGAGUGCUUGGCCAAAGGAACCUUUUCUGAUGUAGUUUUUAAGUUAGAUGAUGGAACGAUCAUGGCCCACAAGCCUCUACUCAUCUCAAGUUGUGACUGGAUGGCAGCUAUGUUUGGUGGACCCUUUGUGGAAAGUUGCACCAAAGAGGUGCUGUUUCCUAACACCACUCGCAGCUGUAUGAGGGCUGUGCUUGAGUAUCUCUAUACGGGGCGCUUCUGUUCUCGAUCUGACCUGGAUGCAAUGGAGCUUAUUGUUCUUGCCAAUCGUCUUUGUCUCCCCCACUUGGUUGCACUUACAGAGCUCUACACAGUAACAGUACUUACAGAAGCUGCCAUGAUGGGGGCUGACAUUGAUGGAGAUGUUCUGGUCUAUUUGGAAAUGGCCCAGUUUCAUGGCGCCCAGCAGCUGACUGGCUGGUGCCUUCACCACAUCUGCACCAACUACAACAGCGUUUGCCGCAAGUUCCCCAGAGACAUGAAGGCCAAAUCAUCAGAGAACCAAGAUUAUUUUGAGAAACACCGAUGGCCACCAGUGUGGUACCUGAAGGAGGACGAUCACUACCAAAGAGCAAGAAAAGAGCGUGACAAGGAGGACUAUCUGUACCAGAGGCGCCAGUGUAAACGCAAGUGGCUCUUUUGGAACCUCCCUUCAUCUCCGAACUCAAACUCGUCGUCUUCUGGUUCAUCUGCUGUCAUCUGAGCAAAGGCCACGGCAUGGCAAAGGAGGAGCUCUGUGGACACAGGAUUCAACUGUCAGUGACAUAAACCCUGCUGGCUAAAAUGGCACAGUGAAACACUUCCUAUUGAUUCUUCACUUUUAUGAUCAUAAUCAUCAUCUAACCUGAACUGUUAACCAAGUGCUGCUUAUCAGCUGCAACAACCAGCAAUUCAACACAGUUGACUUGAGUCUCAGAGAUAUAGCACUUUGCCCUUAAGUCUUUGUACAAUCUACCAUACAACAAAUACAGUCUGACAUCAACAUGAGUCACUUAAUAACCACACCUACUGGAAGUAUGAGCCUAUUGGCAAGGGUUACCUUUGUGUUUAUGCUGAAUGUUUGCAUUCACCUUGCAGAGCUAACAGUGAAACAUUAUUCACUAGAAUGUUGUGAUGUUGUCAUCCGUGGUCACAAAAGGGCUUUAGGAUACAGUAGAUGCCCUGAGACACACAGGGCCCCAAAUGAUUGAAAUUAUUGGUGUUUUCUGUUAAAUGCUAUCAAAAUAAGAGCAGACCAAAUCACUAUUAUCACUCCAGACGGGCAUAAUAAUGAAAGGCUUGUUAUGUCGACCAGAUAGUUGAUUUUUUUUAAUUUUGAAGCAAUUUAUUUCAAAUUGAGUGCACUGCAGGGCUCCAACCAGCAGAGGUGCUGUUUGCUAGUUUCAUUCAUUCAUUUAUUUUCUACCGCUUUUUCCUCACGAUGGUCGCGGGGGUGCUGGAGCCUAUCCCAGCUGUCUUUGGGCGAGAGGCGGGGUACACCCUGGACUGGUCGCCAGCCAAUCACAGGGCACAUAUAGACAAACAACCAUUCACACUCACAUUCAUACCUAUGGACAAUUUGGAGUCGCUAAUUAACCUAGCAUGUUUUUUUGGAAUGUGGGAGGAAACCGGAGUACCCGGAGAAAACCCACGCAUGCACGGGGAGAACAUGCAAACUCCACACAGAGAUGGCCGAGGGUGGAAUUGAACCCUGGUCUCCUAGCUGUGAGGUCUGCGCGCUAACCACUCGACUGCCGUGAAGUUUGCAAUCUGAAAAGAAGAGUUACGGUAAGCUGCAUACUUAUUUAAUUAAAAGAGACUAUUCUUGAAAUAAAGAUUUAUGUGGAAAAAAACACUUUCCAUUAAAGUCAGAGGUGUCCAAUCUUUUUCGAGUGCCACAUACCCCAAAAUUUUGAUAUUUUUUAUUUUGUAAACCAAUCCAACAGAAAUAUGCUAAGAAUUUAUAUGGAAAAAAACAAGCUGCAUCUCAGCUUGGUGUUAGAGCUUUAUAACUGACAGUAACGGCCGCACAGUGGACGAGUGGUUAGCAUAUAGCCACACACUCCUCAUGCAUGCAUGGGUUUUCUCCGGUUCCGGAUAAUGUGGAACUGUGGACACCUGGAUUUUUUCUUUCGUUUUUUUCCUGAUUACGGAGUCACAACAGUAGAUCUUUUUGAUCCGCAUACUAACUUUUGGCUUGAGCCCUUUAUAUUCCGGAUGCCCGGAAUACCGAUGAUGUUUACUAGUGGAGAUUCUAACUCCAAAGUCCAGAACGCUAACCACUACACACCAUUUAGGACUAAGUCAAAAAAUCGAAUAUAUUGAUUGUUAAAUUUACCCAUGAUCAAUCAAGGAAAUAUCAAAUGCCCAUCCCGAUUUGUUAGUAGUGAUUUUUGCCUUUGAGAGUAUGUUGAGGAUGUCCUUUGUAGCUGGCUUAAUUUUAUUCACACUCAUUUUGAGUCUUGAGAAACAUUAAAUACGGUAUAGUGUCAUCAAAAGCUGCUGCAAAUAUAAACAGAAUUCAGGAAGAUACAGUGUUGUGAACAUAUUUGCCCCCUUCCUGAUUUCUUAUUUUUUUGCAUGUUUGUCACACUACAUGUUUCAUAUGAGCAAACCAGUUAAAAUAUCAGUCAAUUACAAGUCAAUUUAACUCAAAUUUGAAACAAACCUACAUGGCCCUGAGUGAAAAAGUGAUUGCCCCCUUGUUGGGCCACCCUUCGCAGCAACAACUACAAUCAAGCGUUUCCAAUAACAGCGCUGUGGAGGAAUUUUGGCCCACUUAUAUUUGCGCAAUUAUGGCAGUUCAGCCACAUUGGGAGGUUUUCCAGUUUAAACUGCCUUUUAAAGGAGACAUUUUAUGCUUUUCCACUUUUCUGACCUAUAAAUGUUGUCAGAAUGUUGUAUUAUCGUGUUGAACGAUGCCAAAGUUUAAGAUAAUGAAGUCUGAGCAUUUGGAAGUGAUCCCUGAAACAAGUUUGGGGCCUUAACUGAGGCGAGUGAGGCCUGCACUUCUUUGGAUGUUGUUGUGUGGUCUUUUGUUUGUUUGGGGUAAUUUCGGUUGGCCAGCCACUCCUGGGGAAUGUUCACCACUGUUCCGUGUUUUCGCCGUUAGUGGAUAAUGACUCUCACUAUGGUACGCUGGAGUCCCAAACCUUUAGAAAUGGUUUUAUAACCUUUUCGAGCCUGAUCGGUCUCACUGAUCAAUCUCAGUUAUGUUUUAAUGGGAGGGCAAUCACUUUUUCAAGUCAAGUCACUUUUUCACACAGGGCAAUUUAGUUUUGUAUUUGUUUUGUCCCUUAAUCAUAAAGAGUUUCAUUUAAAGACUGCAUUUUGUAUUCAGUUGUGUUGUCAUUGACCAGUAUAUACAUUUGUUUGAUGAUCUAAAUCAUUUAAGUGUGACAAACAUGCAAAAAAAUAAGAUAUCAGGAAGGGCGCAAACACACCACUGUAUAUAAAAAAGGUUACAAAUUUCUCACAUUUUGCACUUUAUGUUGACUGCAUGUAUGUAUGUUGAAAAUGGGGGGGGGGGUGCAGCAUUGAUAUUGUUUUCAAACAUGAUGUUAUAACGAAUAAUGCAACACUGUAAAUUGUACAGAAUGUCAGAUGAACUGCACUGUUAUUGCGUGCAGUUGUCUUAUAUUGUGCGCUGCAGGCAGUGAGCAGAACAGCACACUGUGACAUGUUGGAAUAUACACCUGACUGCUCAGACUGUAGGUUUAUGUGCAGGUAAUGUGUGGAAAAUAACCCAAUGAUUCAUUUUUAUUGAUCUACAGUUACUCUACUAUUACUAGUAUAUACUAACGGUAUUGUUGUUUCAAUUAGAAUCACAUUGCAAUACAUUUAUAAAAAGAUUACAUGAUAGACAUGUAGGAAACAUCCAUAAAACACAUUUUUAUGACUAAUGUAUGAGUCCCAACAAGUACAAUUUUAUUAAUAUUUUGAGUCUUAAAGUGCAUAAAAUGGUGAUUGGUUGAAAUUAGUCUUAAAAACAGAAGUGCUUCCUGUAUUAAGUUGGGAACUAAUGGAUGAACGCUAUUCACCAUCUUUUAAAGUAUAAAGCAUUGAUAAGUGGUGGUGCUUCAAGCAGUAAGCUCUAAAUGGAUACAAAUUCCAGAACCUCAUUCCACUUGACAUAUUGUUGCUCUACAAACAAAUCAAAAUUAUACUAAACUACAAAAAUAGUUUUUGUUUUACAAAAGAAAUUCACAAAAUUUUGAGCUCCAUGAAGCAUGGAAAGUGCAGUUGCGACUCUACAUUACUAAAUCAGCAGAAGGAUAUGUUUUGUUUUCCUGUGGUGUGAUUCAUAAACAUGCACUUCAUACCUCAGUGCAUUGCUUUUAGAGAAUCUUCUGCUGAUGUUUUUGCAUCAAUGACACCCCGCGCCUUAAUGUACAGUAUUGUCUAUGGUAUUGAAUGUAAUGUAGUGUCAACGUGGGUAUCAGUGUUUAUAUUUCAUCAUGUGGAUGUAAAGGAAUUGGUGCACCGACUGAGUGCUUUAGUUUAAACAUAAUGGUUUCUGUAUUUUUUUAAAGCUGAAAACACAGCAAAUGUAUCACGUUAAAUAUGAUCAUCCAUGUGCAGUAUUAGCCAUUUAAUGAAUGCAGGGAUAUCCAAUUUGUUUAUUCCUUUUAAGGCUAAAUUAUUCAAAAUUAUGUCGCCAUGGGAAAUAUGACUGGUCAGAGUCAAAACUGUAAAUAACAGCAAGUAAAAUGAGCUACCGCAUAGUUUAACAAACUGUUUUUUCUACUAUGCAUUGUGAAAUUUCUGACUUUGAAACUACAAAUUUGCACUGCUUUGAAGCACCAGGUUCUAUUCAAAUUACAUGAAAUGGUAUAUUAACAUCAUUAGAUAUUACAAAGGUGUAUUAGGGCUACACUGAAGAAAAACAACAAAAAAGACAAAAAUAAUGUUAUAAUUUUAGUUAUUUGUCGGCUUUAUUGUCAUCAAAUUAUGAUGUUUCUCUCUUAAUAAUUCAGCUUUUCUUAGUUUUAAGAUUAGGACCUUUUGUCGAGACAUUUUUUCUUUAAAAAAAUACUCAUAAGAUGAUGCAUUGCAUUUUCUGGGGAAGAAAGUAACUUUUUUUCGUCAUAACAAUUUUUAUUUUUCCGAAAAGUAUAACGUUAUUGUUGUAAAAUUAGAAGUAUUUUUAAAAAAUACAACAUAUUUAUUUUGGUUUAAAACGUGUAUUUCUCCAAAAAAGUAUGACUUCAUCGUUGUAAGAUUAAUAUUUGUUCUUGUGAUAUUGCAUUUUUUUGUAAAAAUGUAUGACUUAUUUCUAAAAAUAUGCCUUCUUUGUUUUCAGUGUGACCCUAAUACUCCUUUAAGAUUUGUAGAUAAUAUCAGGUAAAGAAAAUAAAGCUAAGCAAAUACAUUACAAUGAAGAUCCUACUAGGGCCCUGUUCAUGUAUUUGGGUGCUAAUAUUGUUACUGCUGCAGACAAGCACAAACCAAAGGGAGCUUCAGCAGCACCAGGAAUAUAAAUAUGUAUAUGCUGCACAAUCACUAUUGCAUAGAUUUAAGAGGCCUUGUUCAAAAAUUCAGAAAAUUCAACUUUAAAAAAAAAUGAAAUAAAAGAACUUGAAUGUUUUUUCAGUGUUCAAAACCUAGGUGACAUUUUCCUGAGUCAUCAGGUGGUUUUGUUUCUCAAAAGCUAUUUGUAUUGUUUCAUGGAAUUCUGUAGCAUGUGUUCUUGAAAAUAUGUAAAUACUUUACUAAAUAAUAAAAAGACU